UAAGGUCGGAGUUACACUGGUAAUGUUACACACAGUUCACCCUUAUGGCAUGUUGAGUGCCAGAUGCUGCUUGUUAGACAUCCAGGGACAGUCAGGUAGUGUUGUAGUCAGUACUGAGACAGUCAAGAUGUCAUGGUCACGGUUGAUGGUGGUGGGGUUGAUGGUGGUGGUAGUGUCAUACAAGGUGAAGUACAUGAUGAAGGAGCCUCCACUUCCCCACCUUGAACCUGACCCUUGGUGGGGGCCAGGGGAACCACAGGACGAAGAUGUCUCCAUCAAUCGUUUUAGCAUCAGUGUUUCUGAUGAGGACUUGCGAGAUUUUAAGGCUCGCCUGGCACUGCCCCUGAGACUGACUCCAGCUCUGGAAGAUGCCAAUUUCACAUAUGGUAUGAACUCUGACACCUUGCAAGAAAUUGUGGAGCAUUGGAGGGAGAAAUACGACUGGAGGAAGAGAGAGGCAAGACUCAACUCCUACCCCCAUUUCAAGACCCGCAUAGAAGGGUUAGACAUCCACUUCAUGCGUGCAAAUUCCAAGAUUGGCAGUGCCAAAAAUGUCAAGGCAGUGCCACUGCUGCUGAUCCAUGGGUGGCCAGGCUCCUUUGUUGAGUUCUACGACAUACUGCCUCUCCUUAACCACCCACAGGAAGGCAGUAAUGUUGUAUUUGAUGUCAUCUGCGCUUCCAUCCCUGGCUACGGCUUCUCUCAGAGCUCCUCCAAACAAGGUUUUGGCAACAUUGAGACGGCCCAGGUGUUCUUGAAGCUGAUGAAACGUCUGGGCUAUGAGAAGUUCUACUUGCAGGGAGGAGACUGGGGCUCCCUAAUUGCUACCAACAUGGCCAUUAUGUACCCUGACCAUAUUUUAGGGGUACAUGUGAACACGUUUUAUGUCAGUACUCCUGGUCUGACAUUCAGAAUCAAAAUGUUGCUGGGAGCCUUCCUGCCUGCAGGAGUAGUGGUCGCCAAGGAAGACCAGAACAAAUUGUACCCGCUGUCAAAUCUUUUCUCCAUGGUGCUCAUGGAAACUGGCUACAUGCACUUGCAGGCCACCAAACCUGACACUAUUGGUGCAGGACUGAACCAGAAUCCAGUGAGUCUUGCAGCAUAUAUCUUAGAAAAGUUCAGCAUCUGGACUCAUAGAGACAAUCGUCACAAGCCUGAUGGUGGACUCCUUCACGGUGACUUUCCAAUAUCUCUAGAUAAUUUGUUGGAUAAUAUCUGCAUUUAUUGGUUUACAAGUUCUAUCACAACUAGCGCACGUUUAUACUCUGAGGCAUUUAACAAAAAAACUUAUGGAAUGCUAGAUAACAUCCCAUGUCGAGUACCUGCUGGACUGGCAAUCUUUCCCCAGGAGAAUCUGAAGCUGCCCAAGAACUUUCUUGCCCACAAAUACCACAAUAUUGUCACAUACAAUGAGCAACCAGCUGGAGGACACUUCUCGGCCAUGGAACAGCCAACUCUCGUUGCCGUAGAUCUUCACAAGUUUGUCUCCACCUUAGAGAACACCACCUGAGUCCUACAUUACCACCACCUGAGUCUUCCACCGCAUCUCUAACUAUUUUAGCCAAACUAAUUAACAACAGAUAUGUACAUGUUUAUUACCUACAUCAUCUAUUUUUUUGUUUCACAUAAGGACAUUUAUCCAUCUUCUGAAGUGUGAUUUAUGACACGCCAAAAAAAAUUGCUAUACUAAGAAAAAAAAUUAUUUCAAAGACUGGCCCUAGUUACACCACUUCUCUGGAUGCAAAUAAAACAUAGACUAUUGA